AUGUCGACCACCGAAGCCUCGACCCCUCCGAGAAAGGGGGACGACCACAUCUCCCACGGGGAAGCACCAGAGAGCUCCGGGCCAUCCGUCCCGCUUGAACUUGCACCCCAAGCAACGCAGAACGAUGCCUCGAAGCAGCUCGAGGUUCCGGUACCAAGCGACAUGAAUGUCGAAGCAGCUCAGGAAUCCCAGUCCUCGGAAACCGGAGCGACUGCGACAAACCCUCCAACCGCCACGCAACCGUUAUCCUCCAUCCCGCCUCAGCCCGAGCCGCCCCUCGAACGAAUGGAAGGACUGUCAGUUUCGGCCAACAUCACAUCAGAAUCCCCACCGUCUUCUAGUACGAGCACUCCUCCACCCCCUCCCCCUGAGAAAGACGAUGCAUACCUCAAACCGUCGUCUGCGGCUCCUACGUCCGCGCCGAACUCGACUGGCGACCCAAACUCCGCGCCUAGCUCCGAGAAAGAGCUGCCGGAUGUGCCUAGAGACAACAAGUAUGAGGUGAAACGAGGCGGCCAAGGCGAAGGAGCUCGGGAAGACAAUGAUUCGCAGCCGGAGAUCCAAAGCAUCCUGGGACAAUUCCAGGACCCUGCGCGAAGCACCGGCCAGGACGAGAUCAUGUCUCCUCGGAUGGAGUUGGCGGAGCAGUUUCGUGGCGCCCAGUCUUACUUUCCACCGCGAAAGUCCAGUUUGGAUCAUAUGAAAACCGUCGAACCGGGAGCUCCUUCUACUAUAUCGCCGGACAACCAGUCCAUCCCGAAUGCCCCUAAACUCCUUCAGAAUCAAGCAGGUCAUGAAGAGCCAGUGCUCACUCGACAGGCAUCGGCCUCGACUGCCCCACCGCUACCGGAGCCCGAACCAGACCAACCCUUUGAUUUUCACCGGUUCCUGGAGCAGCUGCGUCACCGCACCGCCGACCCCGUGGCUAAAUUCCUACGUUCAUUCCUCCUGGAAUUCGGCAAGCGACAAUGGAUGGUUCACGAGCAGGUCAAGAUUAUCAGCGAUUUUCUGGCAUUUAUAACCAACAAAAUGGCCAUCUGCGAGGUCUGGCGGGACGUGUCGGAUAGUGAAUUCGAUAACGCCAAGGAAGGAAUGGAGAAACUGGUCAUGAACCGCCUGUAUUCGCAGACGUUUUCCCCGGCUAUCCCAGCGCCUCCAACCAUUCCUAGGAGUGCUAGCCGAAGUCGAAGGAAAGAGAUAGAGAGGCUUCAUGGUCCAUGGCGACGCGGUCAACACCAGGAGGACAUUGAGCGAGAUGAUAUUCUAGCCCAGAAAAUUCGCAUAUACAGUUGGGUCAGUGAGGAGCAUUUGGAUAUCGCGCCAGUGAGCGGUGGCGGGCGCAGGUUUUUGAAUCUGGCACAGCAGGAGAUCUUGAAAAUUAAUGGCUAUCGGGCACCUCGAGAUAAGGUUAUUUGCAUUUUGAAUUGCUGCAAGGUGAUCUUCGGCCUGUUGAAGAACUCUAGAAAGGCCGACACCUCCGCCGAUGCAUUUGUUCCGCUUUUGAUCUAUGUGGUGCUGCAUGCCAACCCGGACCAUCUUGUCUCCAACAUUCAGUACAUUCUACGAUUCCGUAACCAAGAGAAGCUGGGCGGAGAGGCAGGAUACUACCUGUCUUCUCUGUCCGGAGCCAUUCAAUUCAUUGAGACGCUCGACCGCACCAGCCUAACGGUCAGUGACGAAGAAUUUGAACGCAAUGUGGAAGCUGCCGUCUCGGCAAUCGCUCAACAGAACCGCGCAACCGAGUCUCUGGAAGAUAAGCCUACCGACCAGCCAUCCACUCCUGCCAGAGUGUCUCCACAACCACCAGCCAGAGCUGGAGCUGGAGCAAGCCGCAAAGAAGUAUCGCAGUCAACAGACGAAGAAUCCUCCGCCCCAGUUGCCGGUCUCCUACGAACAAUUCAGAAACCGCUCUCCACCAUCGGCCGCAUGUUCUCAGAUGAGCCAGAUUCCGGAUCUUCCACUACGCCGCAGGAACAUCCACUUCAUCCCGCCACAACACCUCAACCGCCCCGCCUGACCCCUAAUGUCUACCAACCCCCGCGCACAAGCAACGAUGACAGUCGACGUGUGGACGACGAGCGUUCCCGCCAAGAGCGAGAAGCGGCGCGCCAGGCCAGCGCCGAGGACGCUGAAGCGCGCCGCAUCCAACGUGCCGAACAUGACACUGUCGUCGAGACCCUCUCGAACAUGUUUCCCAACCUAGACCGCGAUAUCAUUGACGACGUGGUCAAGAUGAAGGAGGGAAGAGUUGGUCUAGCCGUCGACGCAUGUCUCGCUCUCAGCGCAGAGUAG